UAUCACCAAGGAUUAUGGGUAAAUUGACGAGUGAAGUCUGCAGAAGUCUGCAGAAGUCUGCAUCCUGAGGCCCCUUGUGGACCUGGUAAAUUGUAGAUUUGGUCAGCCUUCAGCACUUACGGGCUUCCGGGGAACGAGUCCUUUAAGUCAGUGAGUGUGGUGAAGGCAGCACAUUUGGAUUCGGCCACACUCUCCAAAUCUCACUCUAUUACAGGGUCUUUAAUGAGGUCUUGUGGUCUCUUGAGUGGUGAAAUCAACUGUGAUGGCUAAGCUCCAAGGCUUUGACUUCUGGAAUAACACCCUGAAAGCGGCACGCUUUGUGGUGGCACCCAUGGUGGACCAGAGUGAGCUGGCCUGGCGUCUGCUGAGCCGACGACAUGGUGCUCAGCUCUGUUACACCCCCAUGCUGCACGCUCAGGUAUUUGUCCGUGACGCCAACUACAGAAGAGAAAACCUCUACAAUGAGGUUUGUGAAGAGGACAGACCUCUCAUCACACAGUUUUGUGCCAAUGAUCCAGAGGUGUUCCUUGAGGCAGCUCUGCUGGCCCAGGACUACUGCGAUGCCAUCGAUCUCAACCUGGGCUGUCCGCAGAUGAUAGCUAAAAGAGGGCACUAUGGAGUCUUCUUACAAGAUGAAUGGGAGCUGUUAGAAAAAAUGAUCAGGUUAGCCAAUGAAAAGCUCUCGGUGCCCAUCACAUGUAAGAUCCGUGUGUUCAAGGAGAUUGAAAAGACAGUCUGCUAUGCCCAGAUGCUGGAAAAAGCUGGAU